AUGUCUUUCCUUCAUAAUCAUUCUUGCGAGUGCGUUAAGUCAGAAUUGGAUUUGUUUGCACUACCGUCUACACAAACUAGCAUUGAAAAUGGAUUGUGGAUUCAUUAUAAACCAAUUUCAUCUCUUGGUGAUGAUGGACCUAUCGAGUUUCAAGUUCCUGGGACCGGCGAUGACUACAUAGAUUUGUCUCAUACAUUACUCCACAUAAAGACAAAAGUAUUAAAUCAAGAUUCAACUAACUUGGUAUCUACUACAAUAGUAGCACCUGUAAAUAAUUGGCUGCAUUCACUUUUUAGUCAACUUGAUGUUUAUUUAAACCAAAAACUUGUAUCACCACCUAAUAAUACCUAUGCAUAUCGAGCAUACAUGGAAACCCUUUUAAACUAUGCCCCUGCUGCUAAACAAUCUCAUCUUACUUGUAGUCUUUGGUAUGAGGAUACAGCAGGAAAAAUGGAUUCUACAGAUGGUAAAAACAUAGGAUUUGUUAAAAGACAGGAAUUGAUUAGUGAAAGUAAGGAAAUAGAAAUGAUUGGUCAUCUUCACGGUGACAUUUUUAACCAAGAUAAAUUUUUAAUUAAUGGUGUUGAAAUGAGUGUUAAAUUGGUUCGAUCAAGAGAGAGUUUUAAUUUAAUUGUUGGGUCGAACGAUGUAAAGUUUAAAGUUUGCAUUACGGACGCAACUCUUAUUGUGCGACGAGCACGAAUUAAUCCAAGUGUAUUAGUCGCACAUCAAAAAGUUUUAGCUUCUACCACUGCUAAAUAUCCUAUUACUCGAGCUGAAGUAAAAGUUUUAACAAUUCCUUCAGGUGUUCAAGGAAAAAUUCUUGAUAAUAUAUUUUUAGGACAGGUACCGAAAAGAUGUAUAAUUGGAUUUGUGAACAAUUCUGCAUUUAAUGGUUCCCUUACUAAAAAUCCAUUUAACUUUGAAAACUAUGGUAUUAAUUCUUUCAGCUUAUAUAUUGAUGGUCAACAAAUACCUUCAAAAGCUUUGCAACCAUCUUUUAAUAAUAGCAUAUUUACAUCAGCAUAUCAUACUCUAUUCUCGGGAACUGGUAUUCACUUUCUUAAUGAAGGAAAUGGAAUCUCUUGUGAACAGUAUGGCAAAGGUUACUGUCUAUUAGCAUUUGACUUAACUCCUGAUUUAUCAGCUAACUCAUCAACUCAUUGGAAUCUCAUAAAGCAUGGUAGUGUAAGAAUAGAAGUACGAUUUGAAUCCUCAUUAAUACAAACAAUUAACUGUAUAGUUUAUGCUGAGUUUGAUAAUAUUAUUGAGAUAGAUAAAAACAGAAAUGUUACUGUAGACUAUAGUAGUUAA